AUAUUUUCUAAAUUUUCCUCCCUGCUAGUUCUACUUCCCGUCUCUCUGUCGCCAAUAAUAACAUUCAAUAAAAUACUAUUUCUUGUCGGGAAUACUUUUGAAAUCCCAUGUCAAACUUGUUGAGAAGCAAGGUAUAUUCAUACGCAGAAGCAGGGAUUCUUACUUCACUUUAAAGUAUAUUUCCUAGACGCUAGCUAGGGUAUAAUCUUCAGUAACUAGAUCUACAUUUCAAUGUUGAGCUGUGAAUGGAUUUUAUGUAUUAACUUGUAGAUUCUUAGAAACGAAAUCCACCUGGUGAGUGUAGGGCAGAAUGACCUCGCCACUCUCUAGUAUAUUUACUUUCACAAGUCCAGCUGUUAAAAGGCUUCUGGGCUGGAAGCAAGGAGAUGAAGAAGAAAAAUGGGCUGAGAAGGCAGUUGACUCAUUGGUGAAGAAGUUAAAAAAGAAGAAAGGUGCUCUCGAAGAUCUUGAGAAAGCUUUGUCCUGUAAAGAUCCUCACACCAAGUGUGUGACCAUUCAAAGAUCGUUAGAUGGAAGACUACAGGUGUCUCACAGGAAAGGUUUGCCACAUGUCAUCUACUGUCGAGUAUGGAGGUGGCCAGACUUACAGUCCCACCAUGAGCUCAAGCCUCUAGAGACAUGUGAAUACCCAUUCAGUGCUAAACAGAAGGAAGUCUGUAUUAAUCCUUACCACUAUAGAAGAGUGGAGAGUCCAGUUCUGCCACCAGUCUUAGUCCCACGUUACAGUGAAUAUCCAACCCAUGGGGCUCUGCCCAACUUUCAGCAAAUUCCAGAGCCAUACAUGCCUCACAAUAUCACCUAUCCUUUCCAACAGCAACAGUCUCCACAGACCCCAAGCUCAGGUCCUGGCAGUCCAUUUGGUCUACCUGCUGACACUCCACCACCUGCUUACCAAACACAUGAUGACAACCAAAACAACACUAAUAUCCCACAGCCCAUGGAUACAAACCAUGGGCCCAACCCUGCACAUGGGGGCCCACCUAUACCAGGACCAGUGUUUCCUUUGGCAAAAAUAGCUCCUAGAAUUACUGACAAGCAAGCAGUCAAUUACCAGGAGCCUCAUUAUUGGUGUAACAUUGUGUAUUAUGAACUCAACAACAGAGUGGGGGAGCAGUUCCAGGCGUCAUCUCACAGCAUUGUUGUGGACGGCUUCACUGAUCCAUCACGUACAGACAGGUUCUGUUUAGGUCUGCUCUCUAAUGUCAACAGAAACUCUACCAUUGAGAACACACGCAGGCAUAUAGGACGAGGAGUUCACCUGUACUAUGUUGGUGGAGAGGUUUAUGCUGAAUGUUUAAGUGAAAGGAGCAUCUUUGUACAGAGCAGAAACUGUAAUUAUUCCCAUGGAUUCCACCCAACGACUGUCUGCAAAAUACCACAAAAUUGUAGUCUCAAGAUAUUUAAUAAUCAGGAGUUUGCAGCUCUCCUGUCCCAGUCAGUCAACCACGGCUUUGAGGCAGUCUAUGAGUUAAACAAAAUGUGCAUCAUACGCAUGAGCUUUGUGAAAGGGUGGGGAGCUGAAUACCACCGGCAAGAUGUGACAUCCACCCCGUGUUGGAUAGAAAUUCGACUGAAUGGACCCCUUCAAUGGCUGGACAAGGUUCUCACACAGAUGGGCUCCCCUAUGAACCCAAUCUCAUCAAUGUCUUGACCCCCACCUCUUUCAGUAUACCACAAUUUUAACUCACCAUCAUUUGUAGCUAUCCUUACAAACAAAAUCACAAUCAUAAGCAUAACCUUUCCAUUUGUAUGUCUCCAUGUUUCCUUAGCAUACAUUUUAAAUGGAUAGUUUUGUAUGAAUGAAGGACAUUGAGUUUAUUAAUGGUGCUGUUUAUCUCUAUACAUGGAUUAACACAACCACGGCUACGUGACUUCAAAGAUGUCAAAGAACAGUUUUAAAUCCAGUUCAUUAGUGCUGACACUUUUCUUAUUCUCAACUCUAAUUGUGUGUGUGUGAAAUAAAAACUUAUGGGGGGAAAAAUGUAUAAAUAAUUUGUUAAGAUUGUAAAAAAUGGAUUCUUUUAAAACUUUUUUUUUGUUUUUGUUAGCAGUGACAAUGUACACUAGAUUUCCCGAUCAACUUUUUUUUUGUUUAAAUAAAUAUUGAAUAAUAAAUUGAAGCAAAAAAAAAUAUAUAUAUAUAAUAUAUAUCUAUAUACAUGGUAAAAUCUUGAAUGUGGAGUUAGUGUAUUCUGGAAUGUUUCAAAACACUGGGUAUUUCAAAGUAAGAAUUUUUAACUUGAAGACAAGCUUAAUUAGCCUGUUCAAAAUUCUUGUACAAGUUUUCCAAGACUUGCACAUUCGCUCAUCAAGUUAAUUGUGAAACCAUCAGUCCACUGUGGAAACAAAAUAUAGUUCUGAUUGUUGUUUCAGCUUGCAAGUGAAAAUAUUUGUAUCUUUUGUUGAUCAGAAAUUGUAGAAAAAAAAGUAUCUAUAUAUAUUAGAUUUUUCUUUAGUUAAAAUGCUUGUGUAUACCUGGGCCUGCUGAAUUUGUUCAUGGGAUUAGCUUCUAUCUCUUGUUACUGCUGUGUAUAUAAUCAAAGAUUGAUUUGUGUAGUUCAGAGAGCUGCUGUGUAUAUAGACUUCAGUUUUACUCAUCACAUUUUCUAUUUAGUUUUGUUUAGGAUCUGCUGCUUUGUGUUCUUAUACCUAUUAGUGUGAUCUGUGUAUUUUUUUGUGAUAACAAAUGUGUUCUUACACUCAUUAAUUGAUAACAUAAUGUUGUGAGACCCAGUUUUAAAACAAAUAAUAUCUGGCCCCAGUUGUUUGUGAUUUUAAUGAUGGAAACUGAUGAUAUUGCCCUGAACAAAGUUAUUGGAAAAUAUUAACUAUAAACUUUAUGUUUCUGGACACGCUAGAGGUGGGUGUUUUUUUAAAACCAUUUUAUUGUUUGGAUUCAUUUAUGUAUAGUAAGGUUUUAAUUGUGUGAUAUUCACAUUGUCAGUUUAUACUUGAUGAAGUUUGCAGCUGCUUACUAAGGGAAUAUUUGUGUAUUGAUUCUGUUAUCUUCUUUUAACCAGUGUUUGGCUGUUAAGUCAUCUACUCUUGUGUAGGAAAUAUCUUAGUUGCUUGUUUUUUUAAUUAAUAUAUAUCACUGCAUUUUUUAAAAGUUUUUACAUGAGCAUUUCUUUGUUUGAAAAUUAGCACCAAACAGCAAUUAGCUACAGCAGCUAAAGUACAUUAUGGUCCAAUUGCUACCAAUUUGAAGUCCAUCCAAACAGCAAUUAGCUACAGCAGCUAAAGUACAUUAUGGUCCAAUUGCUACCAAUUUGAAGUCCAUCCAAACAGCAAUUAGCUACAGCAGCUAAAGUACAUUAUGGUCCAAUUGCUACCAAUUUGAAGUCCAUCCAAACAGCAAUUAGCUACAGCAGCAUAAGUACAUUAUGGUCCAAUUGCUACCAAUUUGAAGUCCAUCCAAAAAGGAGUUCCUUAUUUGUGGGAUUUUUUUUUUUAAAUUCUUUUUUCCAAGCUACUUCCCAAUACCCUACUUUCAGGGGUAGUAACCAUGCUGUCUAUAGUAAUUCAAUCUAUAUCUUAAAAAAGAAACAUUUAAAUUUAAAAAAGGGAUCAACUGUUAAAAGCCAUGUAAAGGGAAAAAGCGUUAGGGUUGUUCUUAGCACUAUGUUUAUGUUGGUCUAGUUUCAAAAAAGGUAUAUGAUAUUUAAACCAUUUUUCUAUCACUGUGUAGAAAGUGUUUUGGAAGGCAUAUUUCAUUAUUUGACAUUAGUGAUUUUUGAAAUAUUCUAAGUUUGAGGUUUCAAUAUAAUUUUUUUUGCUUAGAUAAUUAUUCUAAUAUGACUUGUUAUAUUAUUUGUGAAGCCAGUCACAGGCUCACCAAAAAAUAUAUAUUUUACAUGCAUUAAAAAUAUUACUGUGAUUUAGGUCUAUGUUAGUUCAAUAAAAAAUGUUCAGUGACCCAAAGAUAAUAGACUUUUGCAAGGACUAAGAUAAACUCUGUUGACACCAAUAGAUGGGUAACCAGUGUAUGUGUUUUUGUAAGUGUGGAACUGUUGCUAUAAUAUGAGAAUGUAGAAAGUGUGCAAGGCUUAUCAUAUAUAUAGGUAGUGGUGCUAUUUCUCAAAGUUUUAUUUACCUAUUAAAUGUUUAUAUCCUUCUAUGUUUACGUUGACCCACUUUGUGAUUCUAUACAGUCUACUUAAUGCUGUAGACAUGAGCUUAUAUCAGGGGUGGGCAACCUUUUUCUGCCUAGGGCCGCAUUCAAAAAAAUUGGGUACCGGGGGGGGGGGGGGGGGCGCAUACAUAUAUACUCUAUAUAUAUAAUUAAGAUGCACAUACAUUUCAUGUGCAAACAACAAAUUGCAAUGCUUACGAUGAUAAACAUGAAGUCUGUCUUCAACUCUUCAUUAGAAAUGUUAGUAACAAAGUCACCGUAAAUGUCCGUGCUUUGACUGAGAAAAACAGGCUUUGUAAUAAAAUAAAGAGCAAUAUCCCAACCGUAAACUCAUUACAGGAAAGUUUACACAAAUCUGCAUUAAAUACAAGUUAACAAAUAGGAAGAUCAUAUGCUAUGCAUCUAUUUUAAUUGGGACCACCAAAUUCACUUUGCCUAGGGCGCGGUAAAUCUGUUUUAAGUUAUAAAAUGGUUAAAUUUAAUCAUUUCUAUAGAUAUUUACAAUUAUUUAUUUUUAAUAUAUUUGUAUUGUGAUUUCUUUAGGUGUCCGCAUAAAACACUUCGGCAGGCCGCAUGAGGAUUGCGGGUCAUAAUUUGCCCACCCCUGGCUUACAUCUUCAGCUUCUGGCAUUGGUGGUAAAGGGGAGUUGAUGAUUUUCAUCCUUUUCCCUGGAAAUUACCAAAAUUAUACAUAAUGUGCACAAGCAAUAAUAUUUUUUUUAAUUGGCAUCUGCUUCUUGUACUUUAAUUGAUAGACUGUGACAAAAAAGAUCAUUUCCUCCUUUAACUGAAAUAUUGCAUUUUCUAUUACAGCCAAUUGUUGGAUUACUUUAAUUCUGUAUCUUAUACUACUGUGGUCUAGCUACAAUUGAAUGAAUACCAUUCAUUGGAUGUCAGAGCUGUCAGGCUUACGUUUAUAUGACUGAGGGUACCCCUACAAAAUAACGCAGAAAAAAUAUGUUUCAGUCAUUUUGAAAGAAAUACUUUAGAUUAAUGUUAUCAUUUUUUUUCAGUCAUUUAUAGGAAACACUUUAGAUAUCUUAAAACAUUAAUAUAUAAAUAGUAAUCAAAAACUAAAAUGCUUCCCAGGACAUUAAAUUACUUAUAAUCCGGUACUUGUAUGCACAUCAUAUAUAAGUCAGCGCUACUUUGUCUUGUGCUAUUUUGUCGGGUCACCAUGACUGAGACUUGUCUUGUAGAUGUACUAGACUGAAAUGAAGAUGCACUCUACAUUACAGUUAUGCAACUUUUGAUUUGAACUUAUUUUGUUUUUUUCUUUUCACUGGAUGCAAUUUUGUAGGUGAGACAACAAGCUUGUAAAAUAAAAAAUCAAGUUAUAAUAUACUGGUCAAUGUCUGCACUACAUACAGGUCUUGAGAUCUUAAAAUCCUGCAUUUUGUUUUUAAAGUUUAUAUUUAAUAUCAAAAUGUUAUGGCAUGGAUGGCUGCCUGGUCGUGCGGUUUGCGUGCUGGACUGCUGUUUGGAUUUAUCUAUGGUCCUGGGUUCAAACCAUGCCUGCUCCCAUCCCCCGUCAUCCUGCGGCAGGGUUGGACUAGGAAGUAAACUAUCUUCAACUUUGAAACGAACAUAAACCCUAGCAGGUCUCCUUCUAAAAUAUGAUGGCUGUCUACUUAACAGCAUAUAAAUAUUGUUACCAAUCCUUGACUUGAUGUCAUUAUUAGUGUGUUUGAAGAAUAUUCUGAAUGUGUAGUAUAUGUUAAAUGUGACUUGUUCAGGGUGUUCAUCUCCUUGUGUUGUUCUGUACUUCCAGAGUUUCUCUCUGCCAAUUAUGUAAAUAUAGUCUCUCAUUAUUACCACAAUAUCUAGGCUUACUUAUUGAUUAGAUAUGUAUACUGAAUGUUGUUUGUGUAGAUUGAUUUAUACUUAAUGCUAGCAUCCGCAGCCAUUGUGUUUCAGCUUUCAUUUCUCUAGGCCCCAGGUAAAUAGUCACUUCUACAACAGGGUUUUAAUUACAGACUUUUAAUUUAUUUGUUUGUAUUACAAUGUACACCUUGUCCACCUAUAUAAUUCUCAUCAUCAAACAUUUAUGCAAAUAUACCACUUGUUUUUAAUUCGAUUUGCCGCCAGUUAUGCAAAUUUUUUUUUCUCUCAGAAUCAAAUGUUUAACCCUUAAGCAAGUUAAUGGCUAUGUGUCUGUUUAUGAAACAAAUUACCGAUUGCAUUUGUAUGUUGUUUUUUUAUUUUUUGAAUAUUUUGGGUCAGUCGAAAUUUUUUAAUAAAUGGAAUCAAUAGAAUUCUUGAAUUUCAUAUGGGUCAAUACAAUUUUUAACAAAUAGGGUCAGUAGAAAUGUUUCAAAUAUUUGAGGUCAGUAGACAACACUGUUAAGUACACUUUAGAGCUUGGCUUCAUUUGGUGUUGAAUUUAUUAUUUUUUGUUUUAUUUUGUGGUAUUAGGUUUAUGCCUUAUAAUUUAAUAACUGGUUUAUUGAAUUUUGUGAUCAGAUGAAUAUCAGUUUUUUCUAACAAAUUUUAUUUGGUAUUGAUGAGUUUAUGGUCAUUCAAAACAUCGUACUUAGCAUAUUCAUUUGGUUGAUUAGGAAGAGCGCUGGCAAAGCAAAUGCGUUUUGAAGAGAAAAUGUCAGAGUGGUAGGGUAAAUUAUUUCAAGUGUCCUAGCCGUUGGGAAGUUAGCUUGUUUACACUGAUUUGAUUUUCAAAAAUUAAGCCAAAGUUAUUUUGCGCUUCCAUUGUUGUAUUUUAUUUACAUCUCUUGGCAUGAAUGCUAGAUUUCAAAUAGCAUUAUGUCCCCUGUGCAAGGUCAAGAAGUUUAGUUUUCACUUUGUACAUGCUAUUGUGGUCACAUGUUUUCCAAUGCCAGGUUGUAAAUUGGAAUGUUUUGUUUUGGUAAAAUGGUUAGAAAUUCAAAUGUUUGACCCACUUAAUAGCUUAAAAAAAAUGUUUAAUUACUAUGAUAAAAUAUAUCAAAAAGCCAUUUAAACAUGUUGACCAUUUGCUCCCGUAUCAUGCAAAAGGACAAUACAGGUGUUGUAGAUCAUGUCUCAAAACAUAUUGCUUCAAUAGAAGGCAAUGCUUAAAUAAUAUAUAAAUACAUAAGUAUUUGAAUGUGUCUGUUUAGCCCUGGAUGUUAGUCUUGUAGAGUAGGAUUUUUGUUUCAUUAUUCACUGCAUAGGUAUCAGUGUUUCUGAACCUGUUUUGUUGUUUUCAAGUAUCUUUUAAGUAAAUACUUCAAUUCCUAAUAUCUCCCCCCCCCCUUUUUUUUUUUACAACUAUUCCACACAAAGCCUUUAUAGUUAUUUGAAGAGCUGUGUGCAUGUAGCCUAAAGAAAAGUUGAUUUCAACACACCAGCUGGUUCACUCAGUGACUCUAGGCUAAUGAGGUUGUCAGGUUGAGACGAGCUGAUUUAUAAGAUAAUUGUUAGGCUGUACCAAACUAAAGAUAAUGUGUAUGAUUCUUGUUGUCAUGAUGUCAACACAAUCAGAGUUACUCUAUCAGCAGUCUUGUAGAAAAUGUGUUUCCUCUGACUGCCAGGCUGGUAUGGCUGAUCUAAUAUUUCAUUUGCACUGAGGCUGUCAACUAUCAUGUUUUUGUACAACUCGAACAAAUUAUUCCAUCAAAAAUGUAGGUCAAUAGUGGAGAUUUUCAAACAUGGUGGAAAAACGUAUAAAGUAGCUAGUGUGUGUUGGUGUAUCCGGUGUACAAACGUAAGUGUUGAUCAGCUUUGUUUUUAAUAAAGUUAAGGGUUGUUUUUGUUGCACCGCAGAAUCAAAUGUUCUAAACUCUUGUGCUUGUAGCCUGAAAUAAUUUCAAAUUGAGGAGGCAUUCAUUACACUUUCCUUCUGUGGCAUAAAACAAAAACUAAUGGGUGACUAACUCAUGGUAAUAAAGAGACCAACUACAGCUCAUUUAAGUAUUUAUAGAUCAGUUCAUUUCUUUAUUUAUUUGGCAACAGGAAAGUUCAAUUUAACUUCUUUGACAUUCUUAGUUCAUCAUGAAAAUCUCCAACCAACGACCUGUUUUGGAAAAUGACUUGUUCACAAAAGAUAUGUUCUGUAUAAUCUGUAAUAAGCAGAUUGGCUUUGGUGUUAAAAGUAUUUUUUUGUUUACUAGUGUUGGUCUAAUUAUCUAAUACGUUGGAAUAUAAAUUACUUGGUAAUAUAAAUUAAGUAAUUAGUUAAAGCCUGUUAUUGUUUUUUUUAUAAUACUUGUGUUAUUUUAAAUGUUUCAACAGAUUUGUUAUUAAUAAGCAAUAAAACUAGUGAGUCUUUUUUUUUUCUCUCUCUCUUUAUCUAAUCACAUAAGCUUUGUUGUUGUUGAAAAUAUUCACAACUCCCAAAUACAUCACAACUCUGUUUCAAACUUUGUCAACAUGCAACAUUUAAAAGUUGCUUUAGAUACUUGUCUAAAACUGUUGCAAUUUUACAAUUUAAAAACAGAAAGGAGGAGUGGGUCACCAAACAAUCACCCCCCUCUGGUCAUGUCAUGAACUAUCAUGAUUAGCAUUUCUUUGUGGGUCAUGCCCUGGCAUAACAUGCUCACCCUUAGCUUAGUACUAGGCCUGGGUGUCAUUCCUAAGGGUUGUGAUAAUAUGAAGGCUUUGCUGUCAUUAUUAUUUGUGUGUGCAGAGAAAACCCUGUUGUUAGACCAUGUAAACUAGUUGAGUAGCUCUCCUGACUAGAAGACAUUUUCUUUUUCUCUCCACCACUCCCCACUCAUUCCUUUGCCAUUCUUUGCUCCCUUUAUAAAUGCUAUUAUGGAGCACUCAAACAGGAUUCUCUGGAUUGUUAUUUGGCUUCCAUUAACUUGUGUUCAGAUUGUGAAGAGUUCUUCAUUCAAGUUGUAUAACUCUUGUUCAUUCAAUGUCCUGCAUCUGCUCUGUGUGUGUCUCUGGUACAUAUAUUAAACUAAACAUAAACUUA